GAGCGAUGACCUCGCCGGCCUGGCGGGAAGCUGCCACGCUGCUCCUGGCGGUGGGCGGCGGGCGACGACCCCCUCCCGGGGCCGCAGCCGCCGCCGCCUUCGACUACCAGGUGCUGCUCCUCCGCCGGAGCGCCCGCAGCGCUUUCAUGCCCAGCGCCCAAGUCUUCCCGGGCGGCGUGGCCGACGCCGCCGACUUCUCGCCCGCCUGGCGGGAGCUUCUGCCGGACUCGCCGCGCUGCGGGCUGGACGCUCAGCCUCCCGCCCGGCCUCCGCUCUUCGCCGCCCGCCGGCCCGAGCUGGGCGAAGCGUCCCUGCCGGCCGACGUGGCCUUCCGCAUCUGCGCCAUCCGGGAGACCUUCGAGGAGAGCGGGCUGCUGCUGGUGGUGCCCGCCGAGGAAGCCGCCGCUGCCCGGACGGACGGCCCGACUCCCCUGCUGCCCGCCGCCGAGCGGCUCCUGCCGGCCGCCCGGUUGGAAGAGUGGCGGCGCCGGGUGCAAAGCGACCCGGGCAGCUUCCUGCAGCUCUGCCGCCGCCUGGGCUGCGCGCCCCACUUGCGGGCUUUGCACGAGUGGGGCAACUGGCUGACCCCCGUGGAGCCGGGCAGGCCGACCGCCCGCCGUUACGACACCGCUUUCUACCUGUGUUGCUGCCUCGGGCAGGAGCCGCCCGCCGUCUCGCACGACCGGCAGGAGGUGGCCGGCUGCAGGUGGUCAACCCCUUUAGAAGCUAUUGAACUUUAUAACUCUGGAGAAAUCUGGAUAGCACCACCUCAACUUUAUGAGUUAUGUAGGCUCUGUCAUUUUUCAUCCCUUCGUGAUCUGGAGCGGUUUAGCUCAGAACGAGCUUUAGAAGGUUGUGAACGCUGGAUGGCAGUUUUAUUGACAGCUUCAGAUGGCUACAUACAAUUGUUGCCAGGUGACGAUUUAUAUCCCAAAGAUCCUGAUUUUACUGGCGAAAGGAAAGCUGUGCUGACAACAAAUAAAAACAUUGAAGAACUAAUGAAAGAGGGCAGAAACCUUCACCGGGUAGUAACACGAAGCUUUAAUAAUGUAACUAUCCAUGUGAAUAUUGAAUCCAAAUAUAAACAUAUAAAUCCAGUUAGAUUGGACUCUAAAAUGUGAAAUAAUGCAGAUUGCCACAAUCAGUUGUAGUAUUUCUCAUACUGGAAUUACUAAAUUUCGAGAAAUGUUGGAAUAACAAUGAAUUAAUAGCACUGUGCCAUUUUCUGGACAUACCUCAAUAUGUAUGUAAAUUAUUUCAGUUUCAAGUUGUGUUGAUCAGUGUCAUUAUUCUUGUGCCAAUUCUGGAAUAGAGAUCUCUCUUCUAAGAACCCAAAUUUAAUUUAUUGGUUAAUUAAUUUCUUUCAGUUAUAAUUGAUAAGUCAUAAAUGAUAAGUAGGCAUCUAGAGUACAUGGAUUUGGGUUCAUGGCAGUGAUUGCUUGCCUUGACAUUGGAUUCAGAAUAGUGGAUAUGAUCAAAUGAUUGAAGCUCCGCCCCUUUUCAAUACGCAUUUAGCGCAUGCAACACACAUUAAAAGGGGCAGAACUUUGGUCCCCCAGGUGCAUCUGCUGUUUUAAAGGCAGUGACACCAUUCCUGCAGAUGUUCCUGUUGACCGAUAGAUCAUUUGCCAACAUUAAAAAGAACUGAACACUUUGAAUGUUACCAUACCUUUCUCUCCACCUGUAUUCAAAAUAAGUGCAUUGCAGAUUGUAAAUGCAUAUAUUCAGAACUACUUCUGGGAAGCACUGUUUUAGUUUAACUUGUUUAUGCUGAAAUGUCACCUAUUGUGCCUUUACAUUAACUGUGUUAUGUAACCCUAACAAGUAUCUUGUUAAAAAUAAAUACUUUUAAGCAGUG